AUGGCUAGCUUGGAUGUAGAAGCAUUGCUUGAUGCUACUGCUGAGCAAAAGAGCCCAGCCACUCAAUCUGACGACCAGGCGAAGCAGGAAUCAUCGAAUCGGAAUGGUCGAGACCAGGAUCGAGAUCGAGGUCGGAAUCGUGAUGAUAGCCGCACGCGUUUUAGAGACAGAGAUCAUGACAGACGCCGUCGGGACCGGCGGGACCUGAGCCCAACUCGAAGCAGACGAGAUUCGCCUGACGAAGGCACUCCCCGAAGCGACACCGGUAGCCACAAGAGUAGGCGGAGAAGCAGAAGCCGAGAUGAUGAUCGACGUCACUCACGCCGUCACAGAGACGGUGAUUACUACCGAGGCGGUCGAGGCCGCUCUCGUUCCCGAUCCCGUUCACCUUAUGGUCGCUACCGCCCUCGUGAUAACCGCGAUCGCCGAGAACGUCGCGAUCGCAACGACCGUGACAGACCUGAUGAUCGCACCAAGACGGAGGACCGCCAGCGUGAUGGAACCCCUCAACCAUCCAAGGACGAACAGGACUCCCGUACUGUGUUUGUUCAGCAGCUUGCAGCCCGCCUCCGUACUCGUGAGCUAAAAGAAUUUUUCGAGAAAGUUGGCCCGGUCAACGAAGCGCAGAUUGUUAAAGACCGAGUGAGCCUUCGCUCCAAGGGAGUCGGCUACGUUGAAUUUAAAAAUGAAGAGUCUGUUGCCCAGGCACUGCAGCUCACGGGCCAAAAGCUCCUAGGUAUUCCCAUCAUCGUCCAGGUUACCGAGGCUGAGAAGAAUCGUCAAGCCCGAAACUCGGAGUCUGGAGGCGGACACCCUAACUCGAUCCCAUUCCACCGGCUUUAUGUGGGCAAUAUUCACUUCAACGUUACCGAGCAGGACCUACAGGCUGUAUUCGAACCCUUCGGAGAGCUUGAAUUCGCGCAGCUCCAGAAGGACGAAAAUAACCGCAGCCGUGGCUAUGGCUUCGUCCAGUACGUAAUCCCCUAUCACUAUUCAAGCUUUGAGUCGUCUGCUAAUACACCACUUAGGUUUCGCGAUGCUGGCCAAGCCCGAGAAGCCCUGGAGAAAAUGAAUGGCUUUGAUCUAGCAGGUCGUCCUAUUCGUGUUGGCCUUGGGAACGAUAAGUUUACCCCUGAAAGUACAGCGAACUUGUUACAGAAGUUUUCAGGCCGCGAGAACAAUGGCAACUUCCAAGGCUCGGCCUUUUCCGGUGCUGGAGGUCGAGGCUCCCAGAACAAUGGAUUCGACCGUGCUGGAGGCCGCGACACUGAGAAGGCAGGCGGUGCUAGCGCCCUCGACGACACCGAUGUCGCUGGAGUUAACUUUAGCAACUACAGUCGCGAUGCAUUAAUGAGAAAACUUGCCAGAACCGACGAUAGCGCCACCAAUGGCAACGAAGAGCGUCAUACGCUGAAACCGAAGGCAGAGGUGAAGCCAUUACCCGUUAACGUAAACAAAGCCAGCCGAUGCGUGGUUCUACAUAAUGUGUUUGACCCGGAAGAGUGUGUUUAUGUCCAUCAAUCAAGCCCUUCAGCAAAGAACUACGAUACUAAUGCAUGGUGCAGGGAGACAGGUGAAAACUGGGUGAAAGAUCUAGAAGAUGAUGUGCGACAGGAAGCGGAAAACAGCUAUGGACAUGUUGUCCACAUAUCAGUCGACCCGAACUCGAAGGGCGACAUCUACCUGAAGUUCGACAAAGUUCAGGGCGGUGAAAAUGCCAUCAAGGGUCUCAACGGCAGAUAUUUUGGUGGGCGAAGGAUCGACGCGUCGCCUGUUGUAGAUGCAGUCUACAGCAGUUUGUUCUCCCGCUCCCGGGCAUUCUGA